AGGUCUUGCACCACUCUCAAUUUAUCCUGAGAACGUGAGUGGAUCUGAGAGAAAGAACUUUACAGAACACCGACUUUCUCCGUGGGAUCUGACAGAAAGAUGAAGUACUACAGUUAUCCCGUGUCUCAGACUGGGGGACUGGGCGCCUUCCCCCAGGACAAGUACAGAAGCUCGGCAUCGCAAAAGUGCCUCCGCAGCGUCCACUUCUCUCACGACGUCGUCUUCCAAGAUUUUGUACGGCACGGUGAGCUAGAGAGGAUCGGAUGCUUUAUCCGCGCCAGGAGAGUCCGCCUGGACACCAUCUACCACUCCGGUAUGGCGGCCAUCCAUGAGGCAGUUCUGUCCGGAAACCUGGAGUGUGUGGAGCUCCUGAUCCGCUACGGAGCAGACAUCCACCAGAGGGACGAGGAAGGGUGGACGCCGCUUCACAUGGCGUGCAGUGACGGCUUCCCUCACAUCGCACGCUACCUUCUCUCCCUUGGCGCCGACCCAAACCUGGAAAACGACAGCAUGGAGAAGCCCUCGGACCUCAUCGAGCCAGAAAACAAGGAACUGCUGGACCUCUUUGGCCCGGUUGUCGACGGCUGAGAACGUCUGAGGUUACGUCUCUCGACUCGGAGACGGGCGGUGAAGCCCCAACGAGUUUGGCAUCUUGAAGCGGAGAGCUGCCUCGACUGAGGAGGCGACGGUGGACGCCCGAUGAAAGGAGGCCCGACGGAGCUGGCUGCAUCCCCUGGUGGACCUCCUGGAACCAGCUCUGGUUUUUAUGCUGCGGUGACUUUCAAUCAACACUUUGGUCUAAUUUGACAUGAUACUGGAGAAGGUGGACAAGACACAGGUUUUGGCUCACAUUUCACACACAAUACUUCCAUGAGUGCACUGUGUCCUCCAGUCAAAUGUUUUCUUUUCUUCUUCUUCUCUCCUUUUUUUUUGUACCCAUUGAGUUUCCAGCAGUGCAGACUGAAUUGUGUAGACUCUUUUUAUGGACAAUAUCCAUGUACUGACAGAGCACUGCGUCUAGUUCAGGGGCCUUAAACUCAUUUUAGAUCGGGGGCCACUGGAGAAAAAUCUACUCCCAGGUGGGCCACAAAGCACGACACUUUUUUCAACUUUUACUGUCAAUCUUGUGCUAACGGAUUCAAUUCCGACACAUAUUCUUUCCUGUGCGCACACGUCUUUUACUUUUUCAUCCUACGUCAAUAAUCUUUGAGACACGGUAUACUCGGACAAAAUAGACUAAAACGAACUACAACCAACGCUAGCAAUGGUAAUACUGGUGGAAAUCAGUACAGCAUGUUUAGCAGCCUAAUGUACGCCACUAAAGCGGAGACAUUUUACCAAGGUAUGCCUACAGGCUACUGUUUCAAACGUUACAGAUUGCCAUAUCACUUGGUACACGUAGUCCACCAUAUGUAAACACGAAUGAGGAAUUAUUGUGUCAUGUGAUUUGGCUGUCUCCAUAUGUUUCACAUGACAAUAUGGUUAACUUACAACAAUCAUUUAACAGUUUUGUUUAUUAGCAAAUACAUGCUAGAUCUCUCUUUCGAAUGGCCGACUAGCGUUGCAGAUAACUUCCUCUGCCACAAGUCGUUGCACAGUCCAUCUUCACAAAGGUAUUUUCCUCUGGUUUAUAAGUAAAACGUCGGACUGGUAAAAUCACGGCACGAUAACCUUAAAAAUAAAGACAACUUUAGAUUAUUUUCUUCGUUUAAAAAUAGAACAAGCACAUUCUGAAAUUGUACAAAUGAUAAUGUUUUAGGGUUGUUUUUUUACCAUUACCUGUUGUGGUUAAAGUAUAUAUACUUGUCGUUAUUUAUAUUUUCUGAAUAAAUUAUGUGAUGAUGUUCAUCAAUCAACUCAUUGGUGUUAAUUUUCAAUCUAUCAGGAUAUAAAAAAAAAUGAUAUCAAAAUCCAAUUACAGUAUGUUAUUUAUGUAGUUUGUUUUCCUCGACUGAUGUACUAACGUAGUUUAUUUUGUACAUAUGUAGCAUCAUCUACAAAGAUACAAAUAAUUGUUAUUACAACAUCCAGUGGACACAUUUAAAAAAUUUCUGGUAAUUUUGUAUACAAACCUUCUGUGCUAUUUGUUGUUUGAAUAAUCAAUGUAUUUGGGAGACACCUGAGCAACAAAACUCACCUGUCAGUCCCAUGUUGGAUUUAGAUUUAUUGGUCUCAGUUGGGGAAAUUCAUUUUCACUGCCGUACAUUUAAACAAUAGACAUUACACAUCAGGGCAGCACGGUGGAAAAGGGGUUAGUGCAUCUGCCUCACAAUACGAAGGUCCUGAAUAGUCCUGGUUUCAAUCCUGGGCUCAGGAUCUUUCUGUGGAGUUUGUAUGUCCUCCCUGUGACUAUGUGGGUUCCCUCCGGGUACUCCGGCUUCCUCCCACUUCCAAAGACAUGCACCUGGGGAUAGGUUGAUUGGCAACACUAAAUUGGUCCUAGUGUGUGAAUGUGAGUGUAAAUGUUGUCUGUCUAUCUGUGUUGGCCCUGCGAUGAGGUGGCGACUUGUCCAGGGUGUACGCCGCCUUCCACCUGAUUGUAGCUGAGAUUGGCACCAGCGACCCCAAAGGGAAUAAGCGGUAGAAAAUGGAUGGAUGGAUAUAUAUAAAUAAUCUCUCAGAAGACCGUUUGCGACACAGUCUGCUAACUGCUAAUGUGACGUUUGCUACAUAGCGUUGGUAUCCUUUAAAGAAAAUCCUAGUAGGAAGAUAAUGUUUUGAUUUGAUUAUGUUUCUCAUUUACGUAGUGCAGAAAAUACAUAUUUUUAAGAGUUCUAAAAUUCCUAACCGUCUGUUUGGCCAUAAAUGUGUUCAAGUGAGGAAGGCAAGGUCGAGCCAAUGUGUGUUUGUGCUCUUUUUGAUUUGUUUUUUACUUUUUCAAAUAAACUGUUUAUAUAAUU